GAAAGAGGGUAUAGCCUGGAAAUAAGCAAAGCAAGGAAUAGUGUGCCUUUGCACAUGAUAUGCUACAACGCUACAAAUAGUGUGCCUAUCUAAAUUCACAGGUUCCUGAAGCUUAAGUUUGGAAUAACAUUAAUGUUAAGCAAGCAAAGCAAGCUAAUUAAGGCGCCCAAUGAACUUGAUCAACAGGGAAAGAAACUACGCAAAUGGUAGCCACAGCAAGCAAUUUAUCUCAUAUAACAUAAAUUGUCAAAUAUAUAGCUUCUGCAAGUUCCAAACAAAUUGUCUCAAAUUACCAUUACUAAACUUGUUGCUCCUGAACAUCAAAUUCUUGAAAUUUAAAGAAGAGUCAUAAUCAUAUUAUAGUUUGAUAAUUGCGAAUGGCAAGCACAAGGAGCAGCGCAAGAGUUGGAGCAGGAGCAAGAACAAGCUCAUCACGAGGUCCUGUUGUUGAAGAGAUCGUGCCCAGUUCUGGUUGGACAGAGGAUUCUGCAGGACAUUAUCUCUUGGUGGAUCUUCCAGAAUUCAAGAAGGAAGAGGUGAAACUUCAGAUUGAUAGCUAUGGUCGUAUAAUUGUUAAAGGAGAAAGGCACCCAAAUGAGCGGAAACGAGUCCGAUUUCAUUUGACCUUUCCGGUGCCGGUGGAUUCCGAUACUGAUAAAGUAGCCGGAAGAUUCGAUGCUGGAAUCCUUUACGUGACUGUCCCCAAAGUGAGCAAAGAAAGUGAGGCUGUGAAAGCAGCAAACGGAACCGUUGAAAGAGCAGAAGAAAACAAAAGGCAAGAGCAAGCUGCAAAUGGCAAUGCUGAAAGAGAAGAACAACAUGAACGCCAAGAACCCAUUGUUGAUGAUAAUGUGGGGAGAGAUCGCACCCAAGAAGACAGUAACAGGGAGAAGGAAGUAAAAAGAAACGAGAAUGCACAAAUUGGGGAGUUUUCUGAAGGAAUGUUAAGGAAGUGGGAGCAUGAGCCUAUGGUAAGAAGUGUAGUUGAGGUUUUCAGGAAAAACAAAGGAAUUGUUAUAACUGCUGUUAUAGCAUUUUCCUUGGGGAUUUUAAUAUCUCGCAAGUUUCAAUCCUCUGCACCAUCUUAAUGUAUAUACCCACUACUUCAGGUCAUGGAUCUUAAUUUGUAUAUUAUAUCAAAAUAUAAAAUGAAGUAUCACUAUCAUGUACUUAAACAAUAAUAAUAUAAUGUCCCCUUUAUUCUUCUUUAUUUCCAACGUUAAUAUCUACAAACAGGAGUUAUGUCAUGAUCCAUUAUCAGUCAGAAGGAUAGAAUGAGUAUGGGGGAAACUUUGGUGGCGUUAAUUGGGACAGGUUCAAAGCCACAUCUCUGUAUGCUCUGUAUCUCCAUCACAAUUUUUCAUUCAUUGAUUCAGUAUCAAGUUAUCCGGCAUUAACUUAUGGAUGAAAGAAACACAAAAUUGCUGCUGCUCAAAUCUAAACACCAAUUUAUAGCAAUAUAUCAAUGCCAAGUAUUUCAACUUUGCGGCUCAAAUCUAAACACUAUUUUACACCAAAUCCAAACUAAUUUAGUCACCCGAAAAAAUCCAAACUCAUUUUAACAAGGAGAAUCAAAAGAUAGCAUAAAUAAGUGCAUCUAAUCAAGACAAUCUUAAGCAGUAUACAAUCAAAAUAAGGUUAUUUCCUAGGAAACUUUCUUCUCAUUAGUUCCUUCUCCAACACCUCCUUUGCAUAUGAUUCUCUAAAAUAUAGUGCUCAUCAAUCUUCAUUGACCUGAUCCAGUACCCUGAUCCAAAUUAUGCCACAUCGGAAACCACCAUAUAUCAAAAUUUACUUUUAUCUUAUAGCAGGAUCAGAUUCUGCAACUACUCCACCAAUUUGAAAAGAUCAAAAGACCUCAGUAUAGUGAUGCGGGAUUGGGAAGCUUCUUUGGAAUCUGUGCUAUAAAGUUGUGAGUCAUGGCCAUCAGUCCUAUCUUCUAACUUGUGAGUGUUCAUAGAAUAUGAGAAAAUUAAAAAAAAAAAAAAAAAUCCCUUCCC